GCUGCUGCACAUGCAGGAUGUCCUACAGAUGGAUGCUUCGAAUGGAUUCUCCCCAUAUCUGUUAUCUUUAUUUACUGGCUGUUAUAGGGUUUUGUUAUGGAGCAGGUGUGUUACCAGACAGGUCCCUGGUUGGGGCGAUAGGAGGGAGUGUGACAUUUAACAGAGCAUUAGCCCAGCCAUUUAUAACAUUACAAUGGAAAGUUAAUGGUACAACUAUUAUAUUAAACUAUAUCAGAAGUUCUGACACUUUAAUACCUGAAGAUGGAUACAGAGACAGGAUCAAUCUGGACAGAUCGUCAGGAUCCCUGGAGCUCAUGAAUCUUGAUCUGACUGACAGUGGACAAUACACAGUGACCAUUUUAACACCUGAAGCAGUAUCAGUGGAAGAAAACACCAAACUGGAAGUGUAUGAUGGUCCAGAAAAUGCAGCAAUGAAGGUGAUCCCAUCAGAUGUACAUUAUGAAACAGGAUCAAACCUCAAUUUGUCCUGCUCAGCUGAGUCCAGUCCUCCUGCCCAGUUUCAGUGGGCUCUGAAUGGAACACUGCUGUCCAAUAAGGGACCAGAACUCCGGUUGGGAAACAUUCAGAUCAAUCAGAGCGGUAGCUACAGCUGCUGGGCCCAUAAUACCAGAACCCUGAGGUACCAGACAUCUGAGCCCUCUGACAUCACUGUGCUGGAACCAAUAUCUGGUGCUAUCAUUACAACUUCCCCAAACCCUCCAAUCAUCGAGGGGAAUUCUGUCAACUUAACCUGUGAUGCUUCUGGCUCCAUCAUCACCAGAGAGUGGAUGAAGGAUGGUCAGCUUCUGUCUGCUGGUGGCAACCUAAUCAUCUCUGAGGAUAAGAGAGUGCUGUCCAUAAACCCUGUCAAGAGAACAGACAGUGGAGAAUACCUGUGUAGAGUCAGCAACCCUGUCAGCACCGCUGAUGCUAAACACAUUCUCAUUGUAAAGUCGGAAGGCUUUCUAACUCCAGGUCUGUCUGCUGGUGCCAUCGCUGGGAUUGUGAUUGGAGUAUUGUUGGUUGUGGGAGUGGCAGUUGGUGUGGCAGUCUACUUCAUGAAGAAAAAGGGUUUCUUCAAGAAAGAAUCCUCCAGUGGAAGGAGUGUUGACAACACAGGUAAAAGCUCUGCUAGCAGAGGGGACCAGGAGGAAACCAGGAGCUGAACUAUGCAGACAUCACUCAAUUCCAGAAGAGGGAUGGUGGGUCAGUUCAGCUGGGGAACCUAGGUACUUCCUCCAAAGAGUACGCUCAGGUCCGAGUCAACAACAGGCCCAGUCAGCUGACCUAACCCACCUACCAGGCCCACCAAUCCCAGUACACCCAGGUGGAAAAACCUGCCCAUAAGCCUGCUCCUGAUGCUGCAUCCACCAUCUACUCAGACGUCCGGAGCUGAACACGCCCCACUGUCAAUCAUCUGGACCAGUUGGGGUCAGUCAGGGUGACCAGGUCUGUUCAGACAUGGCCAGUGAAUCCCCCACAACCUUCUUUGUAUCUAUGUGCCAACCAAACUUUCUUUCUAAUACCGUAUCCCUUAUUAGACCUUACAGAUCCCUAGACAAACAAAAAUGUCAGUUAACAACUUAGCUAUUAUCAAUACAUUGGGUGCUCAUCUGUUUUAGAAUUUAAAUUCAAUUCAUAGUUAAGAAAUGAUAUUUUAUUGUUAAUAUCAUAAUAAAUCAUCAGAUCUUGAUGGAUCAUGAAUAUUUUGAUAUACACAAAAAAUACAGCUACGUACACCAUGUGCCAUUAAAGAUAGUCUCUUUUUAGUUCUCAAACAUACUCUUGUAACUGGAGGCUUACUAUACCACAAAUUGGGGAAAGCAUUAGCAUGCAUCCCAUGGUUUAGUAGAGCAAUCAUUUCCCUAUGGCUAUUUGAUUAUUUAACCACCAAUAACAAGAUAGGGAAUUGAGGAUAAUGUUUCACUUCCUAUUUCUUACAAUGUCUUCUCUGUAAGUUGUAUUAAAUUAAAUAAACAAUGGUCACGUUGCUGACAAGGUAGAGUA